GUCAUCGUUUGCAGCACGUCGCCGGGGCGUCGAUGGGGAAGACGACCCGUGUUAACCAUUUAUUUGUCUAAUUGUACUUUGUGUGUGGGGAAGGGUUUUUUUGUUGUUGUUUUGUUUUAGCCAUAAUUACUGCCUGGGUGGGUGUUUUUGUGUUCUAUGUAUUCUGUUCAAUGUCGGUCAAACAGGGCUACCUAAGAUGAGACGAAGAAGAAGCGGUUGCUAAGAUCGAAGUGUACAUGGUAACCGCGUUCUCAAACACUUACGAGGUAGUUAACUAUUUUGGAAACACACAUCUUUCGAGAAAACGUAUUAACGUAAUGAAACUAUCGUCUCCGUGCUGGUAAUAAUUCUGGUGGAAUCGAGCAGAUACGUUGGUGCGGGAACAGCUAACUUAUGAUUAGCCAUUAGCUACAUGGCUAAUCAUGGUUUACCCCUUGGUUAAACAAGCCUUUUUGCGAAACAACGAUUUACCCACAGUUUCCUCGCGGAUUUGAUAGCUGUAGAAACAAAGUGGGGCUUAUCGAUACCAAUCGUGGGUGAAUCUUUAAAGAGCCCAUUUUUAGUGUUGAACCUUUUAAUAAUCAUCAUGGAAAAGGAACAGCAAAGUACGGUUGUCUUCAACGCCUCAAAAAGGGAGUUGUUUACCACCACCAGUGGAUACAAAUCAAUGCAUAAGCACAUUAGAACUCAAUGGAAAAUUCAAAGUAUGAAGGAAGAGUUGUCAUCGGACAAACUGAAAGGUGUCAAGUUGUGGACAACUGCAGGCCCAAGAGAGAAGUUUACAGCAUCAGAGUUGGAAGUACUGAAACACUACCUGGAUGGUGGAGGAAAUAUUCUGGUUAUGCUUGGGGAAGGAGGGGAAAAGAAAUUUGACACAAACAUCAAUUUUCUCCUGGAAGAGUUUGGAAUUAUGGUAAACAAUGAUGCAGUUUUUCGAACCAGGUACUACAAGUACUAUCAUCCUAAAGAAGCACUUGUGUCUGAUGGUGUGUUGAACAGAGAGAUCAGCCGGGCUGCUGGCAAAUCAAUGUCAGGCAUAAGUGAGGAUGACAAUAUUGGAAACAAUACACAGGCUCUCUCAUUUGUGUACCCAUAUGGUGCCACACUGAAUGUGAUAAAGCCAGCCAUUGCUGUGCUUUCAACGGGUUCCAUCUGCUUCCCCCUCCACCGGCCUGUGGUAGCCUUCUAUCAAGGAAAGGAGACAGGCAAAUUGGUAGUAGUUGGUUCCUGCCACAUGUUCAGCGAUCAGUUCAUUGACAAGGAGGAGAACUGUAAAAUCUUGGGUGUUGUGCUCCAGUGGCUCAUGACUGAUAAUAUUCAUCUGAAUACAAUCGAUGCAGAAGACCCAGAGAUCACAGAUUACACUAUGUUGCCACACAUUGGAUGUUUGUCCGAACAACUUACACAGUACUUCCAAGAGGGGGAUGAAAACCCCAGGAACUUCACAUCUCUUCUGGAUGUUUCUUUUUUCAGUCUGUCAACAGACACUUUACCCCAAGUCCUCAGUGUUUAUAAGCAUCUUAAUGUCAAAGAUGAGCCACUUCAGCUGAUUGCACCACAAUUUGAGACUCCCUUGCCUCAGUUGCAACCUGCUGUCUUUCCUCCAAUCUUGAGCGAUUUGUCCCCACCAAUGUUGGACCUGUUUGACUUGGAUGAAGCUUUCUCUUCUGAGAAAGUGCGCCUAGCACAGCUCACCAAUAAAUGUACAGAUGACGACCUUGAGUUUUACAUAAGGAAAUGUGGUGAAAUUUUGGGUGUGACCCCAAAAUUGGACAAAGAUCACAGAGAUGCAAAGCACAUAUUGGAACACAUUUUCUUCCAAGUUGCAGAAUUCAAGAAGCUCAAUCAAGAGCAUGACGUCAACACAGAUGCACAGUUCACCCCAUCUUGACUGGAUGAAUGCUAAUUUUGAUAUUCAUUUUUUUAUUAUUACUUACUUACAUUAUUACAUUAAUAUGCUGAUGUUGGAAAAUUUGUCCUCAAUCUCAACAAGUACUGUUAUUUUUGCUUUUUUUUGUGUGUUAUUAUUUUGUAUACAUUGUAAUGUAAACAAAAUUGUAAAUAUUAAAACAAAUAAAA